AUGGCAGACAGCACUGACGAAAUCCGCAGGGAGUCGCAGGAGAAGGAUGCGCGAAGGGUCACACUGAAGGAAUUCCAGAACAAAAAGUCGUCAAAGUUCAUGGAUCCCUGCGCGAUCGAGGCCAAGGCAAGCUUCAAGUGCCUGGAUGACAGCAACUACGACAAGACUCUAUGUAGCGACUAUUUUGCCGCAAGGAACGGCGAACUGUAA